CCUCCACAUAACCUUGCCCGCAUAGAGUCGCCUCUCCGUACCUAGGUAGCUCAGGCUCAGGCUCGAGGCUCUGGGCUCUGGGCAUUGAAAGUCCCACCACUGCGACCGCUUCUUGCUCCAUCUUUGAAACCCCGCCAGCCCAGAACAUCAACCGCCCUGGACACAUCGUAGGACUCUACAAGUCUCGAAUCAAGACAGAAGCCCAGACUUCUCGAACUCCUAUUUUACUCCAAGUCAGCAGCGUACAUUCCAGCCUCGUGCGCCGCCUCCUGCACUGCAAUCCGACAGCGCACCCGACUGCACCUAGCUCCGCCCAAGGCACGAACCGUUGAUUCUCUGUCUCGUACCGACAACAAUCCAUCCGCCUUCUCCCACGACAUAACAUCACCUGGCUGCUCGCUACCCACGCGGCAACUUGCCACGAUGGGCGUCUCCGCGCUCCAGGAGCAGCACGACGUCAUUAUCGACACUAUCAAGAACAUUACCCGAGGCGACUGGAAAGUCCUAGUUCUAGACGAAGGCUCCAAGAAGAUAUUGGACAAUGUCGUCAAGGAAGAUGACAUCCUCAACCACAACAUCGCUAACAUCGAGCGCAUCGAGCAGAAGCGAGACAUGAACCCUGAGAUGGACGCCAUCUACAUCCUGUCUCCGCAAGAAAACAUCGUCGAAAUCCUCGUCAACGACUUCGAGCGCCGCAGAUACAAGCAAGCCUACCUCGUGUGGACCGGUGUCUUGGACCCCAGAAUUCGUCGCAUGAUUGACGGCUGCCCGCCCGCCAAGCAACGUAUCGCAGGGUUCGAGACCUUGUCCAUUGACUUCUUCCCUCGCGAGUCGCACCUGGUGACAUUUAGAGACCCCUGGAGCUUCCCCAUCCUCUACCACCCCGCUUGCAACAACUUGGUUGCACGUCACAUGAAAAUCCUGGCCCAAAAGAUUACUGGUGUGUGCGUCACGUUGGGCGAAUACCCCAAAAUACGCUACUACAGGCCGAAAAACCCCCUUCAUGAAGCUGCAGUACUUAGCGCCCAUCUCGCUCGGUUUGUACAGGAAGAACUGGACGAAUACGCGCAAUGGAACCCCAAUUUCCCACCACAGUCGACGAGACCAGCGGGAACUCUCGUCAUCACAGACAGAUCAAUGGACAUUGUGGCACCACUAGUGCAUGAGUUCACAUAUCAAGCCAUGGCUCACGAUCUCCUCCCGAUACAAGACGGCGACAAAGUUACGUACCAUAUGGUCACCAACAGCGGUACUCCGGAAGAAGAGGAGAAGGACAUGGAGCUUUCAGACAAAGACCGUGUAUGGGUGGACAACCGCCACCGGCACAUGAAGGAUACAAUUGAAAAACUCAUGUCCGAUUUUCGAAAGUUCUUGUCCGACAACCCGCACUUCGUCAACGAGGAGCAAGAUACGACGAGUUUGAACGCCAUCAGGGACAUGCUGGCUGGACUGCCUCAAUUCCAGGAGAUGAAAGAGGCAUACUCGCUUCACUUGAAUAUGGCACAAGAGGCCAUGAACAUAUUUGAGAAGCAGAAGCUGCCGGACAUUGCUUCUGCUGAGCAAACGCUGGCAACAGGGCUGGACGAGGACUUUAAGAAGCCAAAGAAUAUCUUGGAUCAGGUUGUGAGGCUGUUGGAUGAUGAUGCGGUUUCGCCCGCGGACCGACUGCGCUUGAUUAUUCUCUAUGUGCUUUAUCGAGAUGGCGUCAUCAUGGAAGACAUCAAUCGACUGCUGGCGCAUUCCGGCUUGCCGCAAAGAGACGGAGAGGUUGCAGUCAACCUUGAAAUGCUGGGCGGACGCCCCGUUCGCAGCGGCCUGAAAGACGUGCGGCCGGCUCAGCCGCCUCUGUUCACCAAGAACACCAAAUCCGCCGAAAUCAGCGAGGAAUACUCGCUAUCUCGCUUCGAGGCGGCGCUGCAGACGAUGCUCGAAGAGCUCAGUCGGGGUACAUUGGACCAAACGACUUUCCCUUACGUGAAGCCGCCGGCAGACCCUAACGAGGAUCUCUUGGCGUCCCAGCAAGGUUCACUGCGCGCAGGCAGGCCGAACUGGGCGGCGGCGGGCCGAAGACCGCCAGAAAACCGGCAGCGCUACAUCGUGUUCAUGGCUGGCGGCGCAACAUAUAGCGAAAGCCGCGCAUGCUACGAAGUUUCAGCCCGUCAAGGCAAGGACAUCUUUUUGGUGACCAGCCAUAUGCUCACACCGCAGCUCUACAUCCGCCAGGUAGGCGACCUGGGCAAGGACAAACGCACGCUCGACAUCCCCAUGGAGCGACCGACACCCCGUGCUCCAGCGUGGGUCUACGAGAAACCCGCCCCUCCGCCCAACCCCAUGGCGCCACGGCCUGCUCCAGGAGCACCAGGACAACCAGCGGGAAACCCUGCUCAAAGAGUGCCGCCUUCGGGUGGUCUUCCAAGCCGGCCUGUGGCCCCGCCGACGGCCCAGAUGAGCAGCAUGGGCCUCAACGCCGCUACGCCCUCAUCGAACGGAGGCAGCGCCUCGCCUGCGCCAUCAGAUAGCGGAAAGCCUCAAAAGCUCGAAAAGGACAAGAAGAAGCGCAACUUCCUAGGUAUGAAGAAGAGCAGCAAGGACAAGGACAAGCAUUGAGGGGCACGAGGAUCUAAUGUUUGGAAACAAACUCAAUAUACAUUCUGAACUUGAACGUUGCACUCCUUUUUCUUUCUCAUUUUGCCAGCGUGGCGUUCUUUGGUGUUGACCCAGAUGGCGCGGGGGGCCCCAUUUCGGCUUACAGAUGUUUGGAAAACCCGAUGACCCUAGUUGAUCGAGAAGGGGGCGACUGGACAGGUUCUAUCGGAGGUCUCCUUCUUAUCCUUGUUCUCUUCCUCUCUUCUUUUUCUCUGGCGUGUUUUUAGAAGGAACAUCAGGCUGUCCAAGUACGGAGUAAACCGUCCAAGGUCAUGAACGAGCGCGUCUGUGCAUUAUUAGUGGGGGGGUUUUUUUUAAAAAAAAAAAUAAUACCGUGCGGUCCAUCAACCAUGUGCU